CGUUGAUCGUUGAAAAUUACAAAAACAGUCGACCGCCGAUUCUGGAAAAAUGCAGACUGCAGGCGACAAUAUUGAAUAGAUUUUUACACCCACUGAACAGUAUAGAAAAACAUUAAAUGUCGCGACAAGUCAUUUGUUUUUCAACGGUUUUCUAGAAAACAAUAAAUAGAAGAAAAUGCCACCCAAACCUAAUACCAAAGAGACAAAGAUUUUAAUGUCUGAACUGAUGUUACUGUGUGAGUGGGGAGAAUGCUCUCAUCAGUUUAAUAAUAUGGAGGAAUUCUUAUCCCACAUGAGUCAACAUCUUAUAGGACAUCAUUAUGAAGUCGGAAGGGAUGAUCCUAAUACAGAUGGAGAGUUCCCAUGUGAGUGGAGAGAAUGUAACACAAUGGUCCAGGGACGUAGAACAGAUUUUCUUCGUCAUGCCUACUUCCAUUGUUUUCAUGUCAAAAUUAAGAAUAUAGGAGAGCAGAUGAUACGUAAGAUGGGUUUAAGGGGAUGUUUGUUAGAGAAUCAAAGUCGUAACUUGAUACCAGAGUUACCAGAAAGACUCCAGUGUGGCUGGAAUAUGUGUGAGACGAUAAUUGACAAUCCAGAGAUAUUUUACCGCCAUGUAGAUAACCAUUCAGAGACAUUUCCUGAGGGAAAUAAUUUGGAACACGGAGCGAGGUGUGAAUGGGAAGGGUGUGAGACUGUUGCUAAAAAUAAGUAUAAACUACGUGAACAUCUAAGAAGUCAUACACAGGAGAAAGUGAUAGCUUGUCCAACCUGUGGAGGACUGUUCUCAUCGAGGACCAAGUUUGUAGAUCAUGUUAAAAGACAGGCAGGGGUUGAAUCCCAGUGUUACCAGUGUUCCCAUUGUAAUAAAAGAUUCUCUUCAGAGAGAUUACUCAGAGAUCAUGUUAGACAUCACGUCAAUCAAUACAAGUGUCCUUGUUGUGAAAUGACCUGUCCAACACCAUCAAGUUUGAAAUCCCACCUUCGAUAUCGUCACACCAACGAAAAACCAUUUAAGUGUGAUCAUUGUGACUAUCGUGCCAAAACAUUCUCUGAUCUAAGAAAGCAUGCUGAAACCCACACUGAAGCUCCAUUCACUUGUCAUUUUGCUACUUGUAAAUAUGUAACAAGGUCCUUUGCUAGUCUGACUAAUCAUUUCAAAAGAAAACAUCAGGAGGUAGCUAUACAGAACUAUGCCUGCCAUGUUUGUUCAUCAGUAUUUACCAGAGGUUCUAAACUUACGGUACAUCUCAAGAAGAAACACAAAUUCAAAUGGCCGUCAGGUCAUUCCAGAUUUAGGUAUAAAAUGCAUGAAGAUGGAUACAUGAGAUUACAGACAGUACGUUAUGAAAGUAUGCAGCUAAGUCAAAACCAGGACUCUACAGAUGGCAGUGAAUCAAAAGACGUCAAUGAAAACCAAGACAAAUAUGUUGUUGUACAUGAUCAAAGUUCUGAAAUGAUUUGUAACGAUGAUACGGACAUGGAAAUGGACGACACAAAUCCCCCGUCUGAUGUUGUUACUAUAGCAACAGGAGAUGAAUCUACGGGAUAUGUUAUCAAAACCACAGAUUUACAAGGACAUCAGAUUUGUGACUUAGGAAAUAUCGUCAACAUGGUUUCUCAACCAUCAGAUAAAACAAGUGAUAUUGCAAGUACUAUUACUAUUGUAACUCAAUCAUCAGAACAAAGUUGUGAUGUUGGAAGUAUAGGUAUGGUUCCAUCUGCAAAUGUCUGUGACAUAGGAAAUAUUGUUUCCAUGGUGACUCAAUCAUCGGAAAAUUCACACAUAGCAACUUUAACAGAUAUAGAUGGAAGUGGACAUCCAAGGGAGAUAAAUGUGACAAUAGUAGAGGCCCCAGAGGGUGGAUUUCAAGUUGUUGAUUUAUCAACGACAAAAAAGAAGAAAGAGAAACACAUGACCUACAAUUUAGAAAUGUUAAGUGACGUCGCUAUAACUUUACCUGGUGGAGGUGACCAGAGUGAGGAAUUAUGAUGUCCAAUACGUUUAUUUAUUUAUUGGUGCUCUGAAUUUUGUUUAUGUGCUUUAAUUUCUAAAAUAGAAAACAAUGAAAUAGUGUAUGGCCAGUUCAUGUGUAUUCAAACAAUCUUUAGUGGCUUUAUUUGUUAGAAUAAUUUUUUCUGACCUAAUUUUGAAGCCAUUAUACAAUUUGAAAUUGUAUUUGCAUGAUGUAGAUAUAUUUCACACUCUUAAACCAAGACAAGUUCUCAUUGAUUGGUUAUUUUUUCUUUGUUUAAUAUAUAUAUAUAUAUAUAAGUAAUGAAUAAUAAACAUUUAAAGUUUGGGCAAUGAAUCUAAGUUAAGAGAAUAUGAUUCCAAAAAUUUAGAGAUAUAAAUCUGAACUCAUAAUGGCAAAAUUUUCUAUGCUAUAUAUUUCUUUGAAAUUCAUAAUUUACUUCUGAAAUCAUUUCUUGUGAAAAAAAAAUUAAAAAAAACUACAAUAACUGAAUAACUUGACAAUCAUGAUGAAAAAGAGACAUUUAUGAAAAGGAGUUGUCUGGUCACUCUGUUUGUUAGAAUUCUUUUCUUAUGUUGCAGAAACAUGGACAUAGGGAUAGUGAUCCAGCCGCUGUGGCGUUAAUGAACUACUUAAAAGUUAUAAAAUAUAUUUUAGUAUGUGGAACACCUCAAUGCUUCAUACUUUACAUAUAGAUGCCUUAUGUUAUGAAGUUUCCGUUUGUAAUAUGUCCAUUGUCCUUGACCUCAUUUUCAUGGUUUAGUUUGUUUCUUAGAUACUUUGACCAAAAGGUCAACUAUAUUUAAUGCUUAGAUUGAUUAUAAGAUUUAAAUCUCUGUCUGGUAUUGUUUACCUGACCUUGUUUUGAGGAUUCAUUAUUCAAUGCUAAAUUUUCCUGGUUAAGUAUGUUUCUUAGAAACUAUAUGCAAUAGGUCAACUAUUUGUAUGGAAUGAUUGUAAGGUAAUACAUUUCCAGAUUGGUUUAUCUGACCUUAGCUUUAUUUUCUUGGAUCAUGUUAAUUUUACGUGAUAUGUGUAUUUAAGAUGGUAUAUUUAGGAUUAUCGCUAUUUUGUGCAUUUUUCCUUUGAUCUUUUUUUGUGAUAAUUUUCAUAUCAUACUACUCGCUUGAGAUGGAAUAUUAUCGCUAGAAACUAAGUAUGCAAGUGGGGUUGCUAACGAAAUUGACAACGUCCUCAUAGGUAAAAUAGUGAUAUUAUAAAAAGAUUAUCAUCUCAACUUGUGGCUCUUUCAAUUAUGGCUCUCGCCGUCCCGGCUCAAGCGAGAAAAUCAUUGAGAUGAUCACCAAUAAUCUAUAACUAUCAACAUAAAAUCAAUGAUCAGUAAAGCAGGAGAUACAUUUUAACAUGUGCACUUUUGUCUAGAGAUUGUAGCAAGUUGAGAUGUUCCAUGUUGAUGUACAUUUGUAACUGUGACUAUGUAAUGAAAACAUUUAUUGGUGUUUUAAGCUGUGUUUCUUUUUUCUUUUUCAUGUACAUGAUGUACAAAAGUCAUUUUGUGUUAUUAAUUGACCUAAAAGAUGAAAUGUUAGGAUGAAAUACCAAUUUACAUAUUUGAUUUAUAAUUCAUUGGUCAUUUUUCUAUUCAACAUUGCAAAAAACAAAAUAUCUAUCUACUCUCUAGACUUCAAUAAGUGAUCAGCAUUUGUAAUUUUAUGAUUUGAAAAUAGAGGGGAAUAGGAUCUUUAUCAGGACUCUGGGAUCGGGUGUUUUAAAGCUCAGGAUUUCGGGAUUGACCCUUUUGGGAACUGGGCAUUCUUUUUUCGAAUUUCGGGAUGUCAGGAUUAAAAUUUAUUAAGCCCGCGAUGUUGGGAUUAGGACCCCUCCUACCCCCUCCAAAAUAUAUUAAUCCAAUAAAAAGAUAAGUAAAAAAUAUAUAUAUACUUGUAUGUACAGUUUCUAUGUUUUGUUUUAACAGCUAGAUGAGACAGGCAUUACUUAUGGAAAACUGCUUAAAAGAAAUGAAAAAAAUUCUACAUACAAAGCCAUUUAUUUAUCCGAGGGAUCGUUAAGAAGAUGGUUAUUUGACAAAAGUGUCAAUUAAUUUUCAUUUUUUGCUUGUUUCAAUAAGUUCUCUUCGUACCAGCUAUCGACCAGAGACAUUUCUUUGAUAGGUAAUAGUACUGAACAAGUAAUUCAUAAUAUUUAGUCUGUGUUCACAGUAUUAGUACUUUGAUUAUAUUCAACUUGUUAAAACUUGUAUAUGUGUUUUGUUAAUAAAAAUAACAUGUUU